CACUAUCUCAUGCUUAGUAGCUGGAGGAGAUUAUUUGGGGGAGUUGUGACGUAACCUGGAGCUAAGCAGAGAGGAAAAAAAGCGUCGAUCCUGUGUGAGGAACACACACAGGGAUAGAGAGAGAGAGAGAGAGAGAGAGAGAGAGAGAGAGAGAGAGACAUUCAUGCCUGCAAGUGUUUGGAUCAUUACAGAUUAUGUGAUGGGAGAACAGACUACAUAGAAACAAGCCAGAUCUUUGCUCAGUUUGAUUUGAGAGAAAAAGUCACCCACGCUGACUCUGGUUUCGGAACCCCAAAAAAAAUGUUUUCAGGAGCCGUGACGCGCAGGCGAAGAAGAGCAGGGAUUAUCCAAGAGAUGCAUAGUUCAUGAAACCCGACAGUUCUCGUGCGUAAAUGGCAAGAGUUGCAUUGGACUGAAUCAAGAGGGAGAGCGAGAGAGUGGAGGGGGGGCGACAGAGAGGGAGAGAGGGAAAGUGACGGAACGACGGAGCAAUAUAGUGAGGAACCGAGAGAGAGAGAGAGAGAGAGAGAGAGAGAGAGAGAGAGAGAGGCUGCAAGGCGACUUGGUUGGCAGUAGUUGCCUCUGCCUCUCCAGCAGUGGGAGAGAUGUGCGUAACAUGCAGCGGAGAGCAGUGAUCAUCAUCUGCGCGCCGCAUCGCCGUGGACCGCCGUGCGCACUCGAAGACGGAGACAGACCGAGGGGCGCAGCCCGCUCUGCCGAACCUGUCGAGAGCGAGACGCAGCCGAUGACAGAGCCGUGAAGGAAACCAAAAUAAGGAAUAGAAGAAGGGGAAGAUGUUAGCCCUUCAGACGGUGAUUGGGGGUUAAUCACCCUACUGUGUUUUGGAGCCACUCUGACGCACCGGCGGCGGAAAGCAAAGAGCGCAUAUAUAUAUAUAUAUAUUACACGGAAUCCUUAGCCCUCUCCAUCAACACCCAAACUGGACUAUCAACUGAGGAUUUUCUUUUGUUUUCCACGAAUGCUGAAUUACAUGGCCAACAGAAUAUGAGUCGGCGCGUGUCUGUGAGCUGAGGUGGAGUGUGUCUAUCCCCGCUGCACGGCUGUCUCGGUCCGCCACAAACCUUCCUACGCCAGGAUGCAGCUGCUCAGAGUUGCGUGGGCACUGACCGGAGCGGCGAUCUGCUGCUUUCUCAUUCUCCUUAUUCACUCCCGCCUGCUCAAAGAAGGCCAGCUGGCAGCGGGGACAUGUGAGAUUGUGACGCUGGACAGGGACAGCAGCCAACCACGGCGGACCAUCGCCAGGCAGACAGCCCGCUGUGCCUGUAAGAAGGGCCAGAUCGCUGGAACUACAAGAGCCAGACCUGCCUGUGUGGACGCUGGUAUUGUUCGGAAAAAGCAGUGGUGUGAGAUGGUGCCAUGUUUGGAGGAUGAAGGCUGUGACCUGUUAGUCAAUAAAUCUGGUUGGACUUGUACACAGCCCGGAGGCCGAGUCAAAACCACCACGGCUCUAUGACGCGACAAGAGUCCCCCUCGACACUCUUGCACUAUGGAGAGCAUUGAUGACCCCUUGACAGACAGCCAAAAACCAUCUACCAACACCACCAACACCACCCUACCACCACCAACAACACCACCACAACAACAACAACAACAACAACAACUCCACCCAAACCCUGGUCCCGCAAAGGCAGGAAGCAACACAAGCAGCUACAGAGCACCAAGGGCCUCAUGGAGGCAGCAAGGUCUCAUAACGCAGCCAGAGAUGGGAAAACCAGGGAGUGACUGUUUGAGGGAGCAAACUCUCCCCUGGACACUGGACAAACCACUCGCUGUUAAACACUGUCUAUUUCCUGUGACCGGCUCCUCUGGGUUUAUGACUGCUCCCUCCUGCUAUCUGUCGUAGGGUCAAAAUGUUGCGUCCACCUCCUCUUCACUCUAUCUGCCUGCUCUGUGAAGUUAGCAGUGCCCGCUCGUGCCACGGAGGAUCGGACACCUUAAAAAUCCCAUGAAUGGUUUUUGCCUCAUUGGAAAUCCUCUGUUUGAAACUGCUAACUGCUUUGAAUAAGGGGAUUUUCCCACAUCACAUCCUAGCCUCUAGAGCAGGACCUCCAGAGCAAAGACGGGAUCAUUACAGACCAGACCCUGUUGCUUCUUGGAUCACCUUGCGAGGCCGUUAAAAAAAACAAACUGAGCGCACUCUGCUGUGAAUAGGCCUUCUGCUGGAGUAAACCUCCCAUAUUUUUAUAGACCAAAGAGCAAAACAACAAAUACGAUCCAUAUGACAGAGCGGACCAUCUGGCAAACACAGACAGAGACUUUGUGAACUUGCUGUUUGUGUCACCACCGACCGACGACUGCCCUCCCCCACAGAGACACGGUGCACAAGUGGACUGAUGCAAACUGAACCUGGCGUCUGGUGGCGUAUGUACCGUACACAAUCAAAGGAGUACUUUUAAAAACUUUCCAGACAGACGUUUUUUUUCUCAAUCUAAGCCCACCACUGUAUUUUGGAACUGGAGAUAUAGGUACUACAUACGUAUAACUGUGUAUCGAAAAAAACAAAAAAAGAAAAAAAAUCUGAUUUGCAUUUUUCAGUAGCUACGGUUGGGACAGCUUGCAGGAAGCGUUGGUCACGGAUAAGCAGCGCAAAUCAUAUCAAAGAGAUGAUGAAUAUCUACGGAGAGUAUAAAUGCUGUUGAGUCUGAAAAGAAGGAGUAAAGAAAUGUCAUUAAAUGUAUUUUGAAAGGCCCUAAAAAGUUAUAUAUUUAACAGUUUUAUAUGUUGUACCUUUGUAGAGAAGCUUAUUGGACUUAAAAUGUGGUCACAAUGGCAGUUUAGUAGGAUGUGAACAAAUGCUGUUGUUCUCAUUACUGCUGGCUCGUAGUCCCAGGUUUUUUUGUUCACACCUCAGUAGCCGCUUUCUUUUCAUGGUCAUCUACAAGUCACUGUCUAUCAGAACCAUUAAUGGAAAAAAAAAGGAAAGUGACACAAUUUAUUGAGGACUGAUCUGCAGCCAACUGAACAUUGUAAAUCUAUGGUAGUCAGUGGAAGCCAUUGAAAUCUGCUAAUUUGCUAUGAUAUUGUAUUGUACACGGUGUGGAAUACUGACUCAUUUCCUCUC